UAGUCAAUUGUAGUGCUUUAAAAUAUUAUUACCAAUAUAUUGUUCGACGAUAAUAUAACACACACAAAUAUGUUAUUCUUUUUACAUUCCGGAUCCCCGGCAGAAUUUUUCAAAUCUACUUUUCUAGAAUGGUAACUAGGUAGUCAUCGGGUGGCGUGCCUGUUCUGCACAUACUUUACGUCUGCUGUCUAAGCAAAAAUGUUUUUUUAUUUUCAUUUUAGCUUUACGUACAUUGUGAAAUCAAAAAAUUAGCAAAUCAAGAAUAUAUUGACUACUUAUAUUUUGAAUAUGAAGUGAUUCUAUAUGUGUUAAUUAGUAAAACGUUAUGAAGUGGAAGUGUUAAAACAGAAAUGUUAUUUUUCUGUAUUUCUGAUCUUCAAAAUGUGUAUUAAAACUGCAACUAUAUUAUUAUGCUCAUAUUUCGUAUUUGUAUCGUCUACACAUAUAAAAGGAGAAUUUUCAACAGAUGAAUUUUUCAAGUUCCUAGUGAAAUUUGGCUUCCAGAAAACAGAUAUUCAUUUUCAAAAAGAAACAUAUGGCUAUAUUUUCGGGAACAUAACAUCGAACGUAAAAUUUAAAUAUCCUAUUACAUUCGCUGUAUUAGACAGGGGACACUUUUUACAUUAUUAUAAGAAUCGCGAUAUUCUUGAUAAAGAGUUAGCAUGCCAGGUUAUGUUUCAAAACUUGAAUGGAACAGCUUACCACCCGAAAUGUAAUGCUUAUGGGCAAGAUCUGUUCAGAAGAAUUCCUUGUCCUAAGGGUGAAUUAUGUAUUGAUGAGGAUACACCAUGGAAUGUAAUAAAGAAGAAUCAGUUUACCUAUGUCAUUCAAAAUUCAGGACAACCCAGGUUUUGGUAUGUAUCAAUGGUGUCAUGUUACCUAGAUGAGGUAAGUUGUACAUGGCACCAUUACCCUGGAGAGCCUGCUAAAAACAAGACCAUGGAGAUAAUGCCACAGAUAAUCAAGUAUGAUUUUUGGCUGGUCAAUGGAAGUCCGAACUUAUCAUUUUACAACACAUUGUUGUAUCAGUUUUCAUUUGACAGGCAGAAUACACUGGAGUUGUAUCUUGUAUUCUGGCUUUGCUAUAUUGUCCUUUUGCCAGUGCAGAUAUAUGCUGUAAGAGAUGUUCACUCCAAAACUUUUGCAAAAUCGAUUGAGACACAGAAGCAUCCAGUGACAAAGUUAUUUACAUUUAGCCUUGUUCUGGAGUUUAUAGCACUUUGCUUUAAUGUACUACAUACUGUAAAGUUCGCUGUUGAUGGUGUAGGGUUUGCGGGUUUGGCGGCUGCUGGAGAUGUUUUAGAUAUAAUGAGCAGGACGCUCUUCAUGUUGCUUCUACUUUUACUGGCUAAAGGAUGGGCAGUUACAAGAUUGGAGCUAACAUACAAACCACUAGUAUUCGGAGUUUGGCUAGGAUACGGGAUAGUGCAUAUAUUACUUUAUGUUUGGAACACGACUGAAGUGGACAUUAUUGAAGAGAUAGAUGAAUACCAGACAUGGCCUGGUUGGUUGAUCCUUGCUCUUCGCGUCGUUAUAAUGACUUGGUUCGUGCUAGAACUGCGGAAUACUAUGAUGUACGAGCACAACAUGCCGAAGCUCAACUUUUUACUUCACUUUGGCGCUUCGAGUCUCGUUUGGUUCGUCUACUUGCCGAUUAUAGCGCUCAUUGCGUUACAGAUCAGCCCUUUGUGGAGGUUCAAGUUUUUGUUAGGUAUCACAUACUCAGCUGACUGCCUUGCAUUCUGUGUGAUGGCACACCUGCUAUGGCCGACGCGGUCCGAACAGUACUUACUAUUAGCGCCCUCUGAUUAUACAGCGGGCAUUGAGGAACUAGAUGAGUUCAACGAGUCACCUCACGUAGUCCACAGCGAUACGGUCGCACUCACUACAGCCGAAAGCAUCAAUGCAGACGAAGAAGACGUUAUAUUCACGAGAGCUAUGCACAAAAACGGUGCCGUGUUCUCAUAGCAAUGCGAACAGAUAACCUUAUAAUGAAAUAUAAGGUAUAAUCAAGAUUACGUUCAAGAUCCCUCGAACGAUUAUGAAUUUAACACAAUCACAAAGAAUAUUAGCUAAUAUUGGUCUCACCGAAUCAUGAUUUGUCUCCAAUAUUAAUAAAAACGGUGAUUGUGUCGAUUAAAUAUUGUUAUUUGUAAUAUUUAUUAACGAAAACGAGAUUGACGGAUGGUUAUAUAUUGUAUAGGAUAUGUAAGUGAUAGAAUGUUCGAAUAUGUCGAUAGAAAAUAUAUUAUUAACAAAAAACUAAUCGGCAAUCAUGUUUCCUGGCUGUGUGAUAUUCAAGUACAUAAAAUACAAAACCGAUCUAAAUCGUUGGAAGCACAAAAGUAUUGAUUUAAGAUUAUGACUGUGUAAGCGAAAUACAUUGUUCCGAACUUGAAGUGAUCGUAUCUGGAUGUCAAUUAACUAGAUUAUUUUCUUUUCAAGAUAUUGAUAAGACACUAAAAGUGGAUAAACUCGAAAUGUUAUAUGUGCCAACGGUUAAACGAACUAAGUAAACCGCAGAAAAGAUUGCAGAUACCUAUAAUAUAAGAUUAUUCGUAAUCAUUGUGUCUUUGUGAAAAAUGUCUGAAUUUACCAAAAUAUAUUUAAGAAAAUGGGUGUUAAAGUGCUGUUAAAGUUAAAUGGAGUCUUUCUUGUUCUGUGUUUUAUGUUGUAUUGAUCUGAUGCAUUGUUGCACAGUAAUAGUAUGUUAUACUACUUAUGGUACUUAUCAACUAUUUACUUAAAUGGUUUCAAGUAAAAGUCAUAUGAAAUUUAGGAAAUUCGUGAAAAUAAACAACGUUUUCCAUGAAUUUCAGUCAUAUUUAAAACUUAAGGACGACAAUGACUUGUUUAAGUUAAAAAAUUUCAGCUCUUUUUAAAAUUUCUCUAUCUCUCUUUUCUAUGAUUUUAACAUUUAUUACAUAAGUUCAGAUUGAGGUCGAAUAAACCUACAGGCUCACGUAAAGGUUCGCUAUUGAAAAUCGAAAUCUUAUGAUGAAAAUACUAAAACAUUUUGUAUACAAAUAGAUACUUGAAUAUAAAACAAAUGAUGCGUUAUGUACAGUGACUUUUAGAAAUGUUUAAGUACAACUAGAUCUCAAAUUGAUGUUAACGUGUGAUUUUGUACCGGCAGCUAGACGUCAGUGUCUAAAUUUAUUUGGUUUAUUUUAUCUUUGAGCAUGAUAAUUUGCCGUCUAAAAUACAAUUUGAACCUAUACCAAACUAUAUUGCGAAUAUUAGGUAGGUAUGAAAUUAUUUCUAAUGCUUUCCUUUAGCGAUUGUUAGAACAUAAACUAUUAAGAUAGCAGAGCAUGCUCGAUUGAAUUUUAGAGUAAUUCGCUUUCUUCAAUGAUCACUUUCGAAAUAAAAAGUUAAAGGUAGUCUAACUAUGUUACGCUUUAUAAGUCACUUAAUUGUUUUAUAAAUUAAACUUCAGUCAAUGUAUUAAUUAGGGCAUGCUCUUAAAAUAAUUUUAAAAUAUAUUGUUUCUAACGUGUCGUGUCAAUGUAGCGUAAGAAUAGAAAAGCUAGUGUUGUACAUUUUGGUUACAGAAAUUUAUUUUUACUAGAUGAAAGAUUGUUUUAUUAAUUUUAUAAUGUUGAAAAUUAUAUUAGUCAAUAAUAGCUAAAGUAUUAGAGAGCCAAUCUGAUGCACGAAGGUGUUUUUAUUAUUAUUCGGUGGUCAAAAAAUGUUACAUCAGUCGCAAAACUAAAAAAAAGUAUCUAAUAUCUUUUAUAAAUCGCUCUGAUCGUCUAGUGAUUUUUUUGUCAAAUACUCUAUUUUAUUUGAAUAUUAGUAUAAUAUUCCAAUUAAAAUCCAAAUUGCGAAAAGUAAUAAAAACGUUUCCGUGCGCAAGUGUAAUGUAAAAUAGAUGUAUUUCUACAAAUAUCUGAAUGACACUGCUAUAGAGCACUCGUACCUGCAUAAAAUGUACCAAUAACUCACACUUUAAUUAAGUAAAUCAUUGUUAUUCAUGAUACAACAAUAUUGACAGAGCUGGGUGGCAAAGGUCAUCACGCUAAAGCCCACUACGCGAAGUGUUUCGAGUUCAAUCCCCGCGCGUAGGACAAGCAUUUGUAUGAACUACGUAUGCUUGUCCCGAGUCUGAGUGUAUUGUGCUUAUGAAUUUAAUAUUUGUUAAACCCCCGAGACUCGUGAAUAAAAUCGAAUUCUUUAAAGGCUGCAGACAAGAAGCUUUACCGUCUGAUAGUUAAAUUUGAAGACCAUCAAACCUUUUUGUUGGCCGAUGGAAAAAAUUGUUCAGUGUUGGUCCUGCUAUAAGUUCACACUCUAUUAAUUUUAGUUUAUCUUUGCUACUAAUAUAGUCUGAUAGUAACACGACCGACAGUUGAAUAAUUUCCUUUUAACACUGCAUUAAUUACAAAGGAAAUUGUAUUACCACUGCUACUGGUAGUAGAUUUGGUAGUAGCACGGGUAAUAAAGGGAUCAAAGUAUCGUUCGCAUGAAGUCUGUAGUCUACGGGGGCGGACGACUACAAUGUUCGGAUCGCUUAGUUAUAUUGAGAAAUGUGAUCAUCUGAAAUAGAUUCGAGCCGCUAUUCAAUUUACUCAUACUUGAAUCUGUUUGUUAGGAUAUUACGUUUUGAUUUAUAUGAAGCACUUUAUGUAAAUAGUGGUCAUAUUUUGUUUUGCUGUUCUACCUAAAACGUGUAACUGUAAUAUAAUUUUUGAAGCAAUCAUCGAACAUUUGAAAAAUCAAUUAAAUUUAUAUGUGAGAGUUAUUGGUAAUAUUGCAGUAUUUUGCAUAACGAACAGUUAGUGUAAAAAAAAAUAUCUGAAUAAUAAACGUUUAUUGAAGCACGAUUUAAAAGCGACGCGAUGCAAGCACUGGACAUCUCCUAAUUCCUAUCCUAGCGGCAGCAGCCGUUCAUCUUUAAUUUGAAUGUGUUAACCGAUUUUUUUUUGCUGAUCGUUCCUUAUUGUAAACAAGGAAUCGUACUUUCUUAUUCCAGCUUCAAUAAACGUUUAUUGAGGGUUUAAUUUAUCUGGGCUUUAUAAAUAUUAAAUGCCAGAAUUGCUACUUGCCCGGAGUGUUGUGUCCGCACUGGACAAAAAAUGGAGCUUAUUUAUUUUUGUAUCGAAUUUUAAUAAAAUUAUGGAUUAAGUUAUAACCUAAAACCAGUGUAUUCAAAGUUUGUUAAUCAUUAACUUUACCUUUUCACUGAGUGGAAUGGUAUGAAUUAGUCAGGAUAAGGAAAUAUAUUAGUUAUCCUUAUUUGUACCCCAAGAUGAAUAAAACAAGUCUUUUUUAAGUGAAGGAUUACAUCACAGAUUUCUGACUUAGGCUUUUCAAUUCUAUUAACAAGCACAUGCUAUUAUGCAUGUCUUCUCAGUAUUUAUAUAGGAACCCGAACUAGUUUUAAUGACUUAUUUGUAUUGGUUAUGACUGGAUUUUAAUUAAAAAAGUUAUUAAAUGAAAUUUUUGGGGUCAUUUGUAUCAGUUUUUCUUACUUAGAGUUAGUAGUUGGUAACUGUUAAAGUGCAGCUCUUUUCCUAAUUUCCCAGUCAUAAAGAUGGUAUGUAAUUAACAGCUACGUGUUUGGGUUCUGAUAUAAACCUUGUAUUUUAGUUAUACAUGUUUUUAUUUUUAGAACCCGCUCUCAUUACGCAAGAAUGCAAAUCCUGAAAAGUAUUGUAUGAUCGUUAUUUUAUUUGAACACCUAUUUACCAUUAAAUGUUUUAUAUUUUGUGUAAAAUCCACUUUUAUACGUAGUGUUACAAAGUUAUUUCUAAGCCUUUGUAGGUGUAAAUUAAAUGUAAAUAAACUUUCUUAUUAUAUACCUAUAUA